AGACUUGCGAGCGCGAGCGACGUUCAGUGUCAACAAAGUUCCAAGGCGACUUCUAAACGUCCACCUGGGUCUAACAACAACGUAAGGAUUUUUAAAUGGACCACGGAGGGUAUCGACCGCCGGAGAAGAGAAGGAAGAGACACUGUGCCAUUUUUAGUGUCGUCGCUGUCCUACUUAUUAUUAUUAUAUUAGUCGUCGUGUUGGCACUGACCUACCGUCGGAACACAGACAAACUAAAACCAACUUUUAUUGCUAGGUGUGAGGAAUUCAAAGGAUACGACUGUGAAAAGAUAUGGAGUACAUUCGAACAAGCCUAUGUAGGACAGGACCCUUGUAACGUUUCCAUGGGAGCCUAUGACCCGCUCAUAGCUGCAGCCCCAUUCAGACCUGCAUGCAACAGAAUGAUGUUCUGGAGCAAAACAAAGGAAGUGGUCCAUGAUUUCACUGAGAAGAGAGAUUGUUUUCUCACCCUGGAAGACACUCUGUUAGGAUCUGUCCUGGAUGGUCUGACGUGGUGUGGGAAGCAGGGCAGCAGCGAAACAUUCACAGCCGGCUGCCCAGGUUGGACAGACUGCAGCAACAACCCUGUCCGCUCAUUUUGGAACAGAGCCUCAGCUGCUUUUGCAGAUGUGGCCUGUGGUGAUGUUACGGCAAUGCUAAAUGGAUCCAUCACCACCCCGUUCAGUCCCACAAGUAUUUUUGCCAGCAUUGAAGUUAAAAGGUUUAACUCCACCAUGAUGAGAAGCCUGAAUGUUGUUCUGGUCACACAGGAGAGCACUGUCACAAACUGUACAAAUGCAUCGUUAAAAGACUUACAGAAAGAGCUGGAUGAAGGAAUUAAAUAUAACUGCAAGGAAGUGGCAGAAUCUCAGAUCCAGGAGUGCAGCUCUAAUCCAGAGAAACCAUGCGGUGCCUGUUGGUGAAAAUGUCAGAUUAUAAUGUCACACAAGUCUCAACAAUAACCAGCUAUAAAGAAUAUUUGUCUAGAGUUUGUUUUCUUUCCUGACAAGUCUUUGUGAAUCACAUAAUGUGCUCUAUAUUUGUAUUUCAUAGAUUUAAUUCUUUUCAUACCUGGGGGCCAGUUUGACUGAAUAUGAAAUGGGUCUUUUUGCAUAAAAUGUCAUUAAGACAUUUUUACAAUAUGACAACACACCACUGUAUUUUGUAAUAAAUUGUUUCAGGGUGUGAGGGGGAGGUUACAUGUGUCAUGUACUGUAGGAUAUAACACCAGUGCUGCUGUCCAGUUGCAUUCAACUAACAAUCUUACUCCUGCCCGCUGUCAAAAGAAUUUACAAUAUUUUGAAAUAAAAGUGUUUUGAGUAUUUGAAUUUUUUAUAUUAUUGUAAUAUAUGUGUAUACUGAAUAUAAUAUUGAUUAUUCUUGAUUGAUUCUUUAUUCUUCUUUCUUUAUAAUAUUGAGGAUUAAAGGGGAAGUACUAUCAAAUUAA